UGAAAGAAAACACUCCAACGUAGCUGUGCCUCAGCUGAUUCUUGUCAAUAAUACAUUGGAUCGCUGAAGAAUUAGACUGAAUAUAAAGCUUCUCAUUCACCCCCUCCUGGCUUGUGGGAUCUUGGGUGGUCUUUCAAGUUUAAAGAAAGCUCAGAAUCUACUUGUUCGAAAAUGAACGUCACCCUCGCUGUCAAACAGUAUGUCUCAAAAAUGAUUGAGAGCAGCGGGCCAGGCAUGAAGGUCCUGCUAAUGGAUAAGGAGACGACCAGCAUCGUCAGUGUGGUGUACACACAGUCAGAGAUCUUGCAGAAGGAGGUCUAUCUUUUUGAACGCAUUGAUUCACAGAAUCGAGACAGCAUGAAGCACCUCAAGGCAAUUUGCUUCCUUCGACCAACCAAGGAGAAUGUGGAACAUCUGAUUCAAGAACUGCGUCGGCCAAAAUACAGUGUCUACUUCAUCUACUUCAGUAACGUCAUCAGUAAGAGCGAGGUAAAAGCCCUUGCGGAGGCCGAUGAACAGGAAGUGGUGGCAGAGAUGCAGGAGUUUUAUGGGGACUUCAUUGCUGUGAACCCACACGUGUUCUCUCUUAACCUCACUGGAGUAGCCAGAGGUCGCAGCUGGGAGCCUAGUCUGCUCACUCGUACCACCCAGGGACUGACCUCAGUGUUGUUGGCCCUGAAGAAAUGCCCCAUGAUCCGCUACCAGCUCUCCUCAGACAUGGCCAAGAGGCUUGCAGAGUCUGUCAAGCAAAUUAUUACCAAGGAGUACGAGCUGUUUGACUUCAGAAAGACAGAAGUCCCUCCACUUCUGCUCAUCCUGGACCGGAGCGAUGAUGCCAUCACCCCUCUCCUCAACCAGUGGACAUAUCAGGCCAUGGUGCAUGAGCUUCUGGGCUUGAACAACAACCGCAUAGACCUAUCCAGAGUACCAGGCAUCAGCAAAGACCUGCGAGAGGUUGUGCUCUCGGCGGAAAAUGAUGAGUUCUAUGCUAAUAAUUUGUACUUGAACUUUGGUGAGAUCGGAACCAACAUAAAGAACCUGAUGGAGGACUUCCAGAAGAAGAAGCCCAAAGGCCAGCAGAAGCUGGAGUCCAUCACCGACAUGAAGGCCUUCGUAGAGAACUACCCUCAGUUUAAGAAGAUGUCGGGCACCGUGUCCAAGCACGUGACGGUGGUGGGGGAGCUGUCGCGGCUGGUGAGCGACCGCUGCCUGAUGGAGGUGUCCGAGGUGGAGCAGGAGCUGGCCUGCCAGAAUGACCACAGCAACGCUCAACAGAUGGUCGCGGCUGCUGCACUUUCCAGCGGGCGUGAUGCGAUCUGGAUCUUGAUGCGGCUGGUCAUGCUCGCCCUAAGCUCACGAGGAAAGCACAGCAACAGCAUCCUGCCUACGCUGAUGGGCGACCUGCAGCAAAGGGGUGCAGACAACACCGCCAAGAUGGUUCAGUCCAUGGUGGAGUACGGAGGCAAGCGAGUGAGAGGAACUGACCUCAUCACCCCCACAGAUGCUGUAGCCAUCACUAAGCAGUUCUUCAAAGGGCUCAAGGGAGUUGAGAAUGUGUACACUCAGCACCAGCCCUUGCUGCAUGACACUCUGGACCAGCUGAUUAAAGGUCGCCUGAAGGACAGCCAGUUCCCCUACCUGGGGCCCAGCUCUCUCAGGGACAGACCACAGGACAUCAUCGUAUUCGUCAUCGGUGGAGCCACUUACGAGGAGGCCCUGACCGUUUAUAACCUGAACCGCACCAUGCCUGGCGUCCGCAUCGUGCUGGGAGGCACCACCAUCCACAACACCACCAGCUUCAUGGAGGAGGUGAGGUCGACAACCAGUGGUGGACAAGGUGGACACUCGCAAGGAAUGGGUCGUCCUCCGAACCGACGUUGAGACACACACACACACACACACACACACACACACACACACACACACACACACACACACACACACACACACAUUCAUUUGAGAGCAUAAUCCUUUCACUCUUAGACAUUCCUCUCAGACAUGGGCACUCUGAUAUGUACUUCUAGGUAUGAACUUCUGCUCAAACUCAAUACUCCUCCAACAUUGCCUGAAAAUGUCUUAUAUUAGUUUGAGUCAAGUGAAAUGGACCCUCCUCCAUUUUAAAAAACCUGAAACAUAACAAAGUAAUCCAACUAUCCACCACCAUAUCACUUUUACUGUUACUGUUCAAGUACUUUCCCCUGCUCCACCACUCACAUCAUGAAGAUUUUCAUCUCAAAACAAACACUGCUGUCGUUAUGAUACUAACUUAAAGGCAAAUCUGACGCUUUCACAAGGUCAUGGCAGAUAAGGCAGAGGCUGCCCUUUAUGACAUGGCUUAGACUGCCCUUUAUGACAUGGCUUAGACUGCUUUCAUUUUUUAUUUAUUUCUUUUGUCUUUUAUCAGUACAAAAAGCAUGCAAAUGACCAGUGAUUCUCAUGCUAGUCCGCGGAAGGAGGCCAUCUUAACUGGAUAAUGGAUGCACUACAGUUGAUCUAAUUGGAGUCCAUUUUAAACAACUCCUGCAGUUUGGGCCCCAUGUACAUUUUUUUGUUUUCCUCUUGAGGAUGUGUGUACAUUUCUGUGUAUACAUUUUUAUUAAUGCCUUUGUACAGUUGACCAUGCGGUGAUGUUAAAAAUUCUCUUGCAGGAAAUAAAUCCCUUGACUACUGUGAA